UUUAUUAAUAUAUAUCUAUUUUAGGCAGCAAUAAAUGUAUAAUAAUUGUAUAUUGAAACAAUGUCAGAUGAUGAGGUAAUCCGGUUUGAAAUCACUGAUUAUGACUUGGACAAUGAAUUCAAUCCUGGCAGAGGUCGUAGAGCCAAAAAGGAACAACAAAUAUAUGGUGUUUGGGCCAAAGAUAGUGAUGAGGAUGAUAAUGAAGACAAUAUCAGACAAAGGGUCAGAAAACCAAAAGAUUUCUCAGCACCUAUUGGAUUUGUCGCUGGUGGUGUGCAGCAAGCGGGCAAGAAGAAAGAGGAGAAGAAAGAAUUGCAAUCAUCAGAAGCAUCCACAUCUCGUCCCAAAUUUGCUCCAGACAGUUCAGAUGAAGAAGAUGGAGUAGCUAUGCCAGAUGAGAGCGACACCGCUGGUAUCAGGCGACAAGGGCAGGGCAUGCGCCCUCCAAAUCUCGGUGGCAAUGUAGGCACCUGGGAAAAGCAUACCAAGGGUAUUGGAGCCAAGUUGCUUUUACAGAUGGGUUAUCAACCUGGAAAAGGUUUGGGUAAAGAUCUGCAGGGUAUAUCAGCUCCUGUUGAAGCUACUGUGAGGAAAGGACGAGGAGCCAUAGGUGCCUAUGGCCCUGAGAAGGCUGCGCAAAAGGCCAAAAAGGAGGAAGAGCGUCGUCUGAAAGAGAAAGAAGAACAAGAAAAGGGUACAACAGAGAAAUCAUACAACUGGAAGAAGUCGCACAAGGGCCGAUAUUUCUACAGAGAUGCCGCUGACGUCAUACAAGAGGGUAAACCUACAAUGCAUACUAUCACAAGUAGCGAGUUGUCGCGCGUGCCCGUGAUCGACAUGACCGGCAAAGAGAAGCGCGUGCUGAGCGGCUACCACGCGCUGCGGGCCGCCGCGCCGCGCUACGAGCACGAGCCGCGCCGCGCCUGCCGCAACUUCGCCGCGCCGCUCCUCGCGCGCAACCUCGAGCUCAUGCUCGAGUGCUGCGAGCAGGAUAUCAUUCAAAACGCUAGGGAACUCCAAUCAGCUGAAGAUGAAAUAGUUGUAUUAGAACGAGAUUUAGAUGAGUGUAAUAUUAAAUUAAAGGAUCACGAUCUGGUCAUAGACAAGGUUCAGGCUAUAUUGCAGAAGGUUGAAGAGCUAAACAGCCCGGAGGUGUCAUUAGAGAAAGCGUAUGAAGUUUUGGCUGAUUUGAAGGAGUCCUACCCUACGGAAUAUGAGGUGUUUGGCCUUGGAACUAUAGGAGGCAAUAUAGUGAGUCCACUACUCAGUGCCCUGUUAGCGACAUGGGACCCAUUACAGUCCCCAGAGGAACCGAUCCCCACAUUCCUGAAAUGGAAAGAAAUACUUACAGAAGAGGCAUACAACAGUUUGUUGUGUCAACAUUACUUGACGCAUCUCUCGACAGCUGUUGAGUCGUGGAACCCGCGCGUGCCGGCGCCGCUGGUGGCCGCGCUGGAGCGGUGGGCGGCGAGCGGCGCCAACCCGCGCUGGCUGGCGGCCGGCUGGGCGGCGCGCUGCGUGGUGCCGCCGCUGCUGGCCGCCGUGCGCGCCUGGGACCCCACCGGCGACACGCAGCCGCUGCACCACUGGGUGCUGCCCUGGCACGACCUCGCCGGUGAUGCGCUGGCGCGCGGCGUGUACCCCGAGAUCCGCGCGCGGCUGGCGGCGGCGCUGGGCGGCUGGCACCCCGCGGACGGCUCGGCCCGCGGUCUGCUGGCGGCGUGGCGGCGCGCGUGGGGCCCCGCGCUGUCGGCCAUGCUGCACCAGCACGUGGUGCCCAAGCUCGAGCACUGCCUGCUGCACGCGCCGCUGGACCUCGUCGGACGACAGAACACUGCGUGGUUAUGGUGCUUGGAAUGGUUGGAGUUGCUGGGGGCUCCUACUGUGGCGGCGCUGGCCAGCCGCGCGUUGUUGCCUCGCUGGCUGGCCGCACUGGCCGCCUGGCUGAACACCAACCCACCACACGCCACCGUGCUCACCUCCUACACAGACUUCAAGAAAAUGUUUCCUGAAGAAGUGCUGAAAGAACCGGUAGUCCGCGACGCUUUCAGGAAAGCCCUAGAUAUGCUGAACCGAAGCACGGACAUUGACACCAUAGAGCCUCCGCCACCGCCGCGCUUCUCAUUAUCAGACACCAAGGAAACUUCUAGAAUAUCUGAAGUUUUAGCGUCGUCUAACCAACAGAAGAGUUUCUCUGAGCUUCUAGAAUCUAGAUGUAUUGAGAAAGGCAUUACUUUUGUGCCUAUAGCCGGCAAGACGAGGGAAGGACGCCCGUUAUAUAAGAUAGGCGAUAUGCAGUGCUAUGUUAUAAGGAAUGUAAUUAUGUUCUCCGAUGAUAACGGACGGACAUUCAGUCCUAUUAGUAUGGAUAAGUUAUUGAAGAUGGUUGAAGAUUGAAUAAAAUAAGUAUAA